AUGCCGGAACUCAAGCACAAGGAACUGGACGCUACGUUCGUUGGUGUAGAUAUUAAGUCUUGUUCACAAUACCGAGGGAUCAAAUACGGAACCAUAAACAAGAGAUUCGAACAACCAACAUUGAAGGCCAGAUGGAAUGGAGAAAGAGUUGAUUGUCAGCAAUGGGGACCAAGGUGUCCGCAAAACAAGUAUGACAUUGGUCACCUUCUUCGAGCUCCGGAAGGCGAAAUGUUCUACGACGAGACCGAGGACGAAUUUCAAUGCUUGAAUCUGGAUAUCACCGUACCUGUCGAUACGCCAAGUGAUGCACGACUGCCUGUUAUGAUCUGGAUCCAUGGUGGCUCUCAAAUCGUCAGUUUCGGAAAUGGCGCGAGCAAAGCUGGAGAUACGACCAGGAUUGUAGCAGAGUCAGCCCAACACUCGAAGCCCAUGAUUGUGGUAUCUGUUCAAUACCGAUUGAACAUGUUCCAUGUUGGAGACGGCAACGGCAACAAGAACCUCGGUUUCAAAGAUCAGCAACUAGCUAUCCAGUGGGUCCAUCAAUAUAUUGCUGGAUUUGGUGGCAAUCCUGAUGAGAUGACGCUUGUUGGAGAGAGUGCCGGAGCUGUUUUUGUACAUGGGUUGAUUGUAGGUGGAGCUCCUGUCAAGCGUGGUGUUCUCAUGUCUGGCUCUAUACACAUGUCACCACCACAGCCAGAAGUCCGAGCAAAGACUAUGCUUAUAGACCCAGUGCUCGCAAAACUAAAAGCAAAAGGAUACAAUUCUCUCGAGGAAGCUCCAGUACAAGCAUUGUUAGAAGCACAAGCUGAGAUACCGAUACCGUCAGUGUUUCUCCAGGAUGAUAAAUGCUUCGAAAACUGGCAAGAAAACACAGGCAAUAUUGAAGAGUUGGUGAUCGGAGAUUGCGAGUUUGAGUCGGUCCUCUGGCGUAAUGGUGUCGAAGCAAUGUCAGCAGAACAGAUUGUGGACUGUUUUGACAAAGCUGGAACUUCCAGCAACCAGUUGAAGGAGCUUUAUCACAUCAACAAGUCGCGAGCACCGCAAUGCAGACAUGGUGCAAUGGACUUCAUGAAUGACAUACGUUUUGCAUUACCAGUACCACUGGUUAUGGACAGGUAUACAAGAGGAGGCAAGAGGACAUACAGGUACCUGUUCGACCAAGCAAAUCCGUGGCAGGCUUCGUCUCGAGCACACCAUGCAGUUGACUUGAUCUACCUCUUCGGCGGAUUCGACAUGACAAUGAACCCAUCAGCAGAAGAGCUUGGCAUAGAAAUGAGGAGACGGUUCAUUUGGUUCAUCAAUGGAGAAGCACCGUGGACGAUACACAAAACCAUGGCGUUUGGACCGUUGGGAGACACUAGAGAGGUUGAUGAUAGAGGGGUUGCAGCUCGCAGGCGCACACGACAGAUGGAGGAGGUCAAGAAACUCGAUGCUAGUGACGUGGCUGCGGUAUUUGGCAGCCUUGCAGCUGGAAGAAUCAGCCUGCACAACUAG